AUGAAGUCGACUCAAGAACAAGGGGAGGCCGUGCUAGCUAGAAGUAUGCUGGAGAAAGCCAUCGUCACGAGCGUAUGUCGAUUUUGCUUGGUGGGCGCCGCGCUAUUGUCUGCUCAAUACUGCCAGGCGGCGGCAGUGGAGGCAUCGAGUCUCGAGCAUCUCUACCGACAAGCUCGGCACGUACGAACAACCGAGGGUCACGCCGCCGCCGUGCCACUCUACCAAUCUAUAGUGCGAGAAUACAAUCCUUCGGACCGCACGGCAGCCUCCCGUAUAGCUGCCUGUUCCGUUUCCGGAGUGCACCAUGAAAAUCUGUGCCGCGUGCCUGAUGCUGACAAACUUUUCGCGCUACGAUCGCUACUGUACCGUUCGCGAUUUACAGCGCGGGCGAUCGCGUCUCUCUUUGGUAUCACAAGCUCCGAUCAUAAACUCUUUCACGCUUCUUGUCCCAUCUAUUUGACACCGUCAUCGGCCGGUGUUACAACUGUACCGUCGUUGGAUUGUGGUACCAACGAUGCCAAUGUAUUGCCCAUCAAGAGUCUGGCUACUCUCUUUCUCUUGGGAUUGGCGGUUCCACGGGAAGCACUCGCACUUGCUCUGACUCCCGAGGGUGUCCAGAUACUGCAAGACUUGCAUCUGAUUGCUCCUUGUGAAAUAGAUAGCAACUUACUGGUUCCGUACGCUCAAAUCUUUCCCAUCGACUUGCAGAGCGACCGAACCUUAUAUAUUGUCACAGAUUGGCACCCGCGCGUUCUCUCGACCACGAAGGUCGGUACCUGCUCGGACGUCAGCAACGCCGUCAUGUAUAUCGGACCCGAUAGUUUGGCACUAGUACAGCAUUGGCUACAAAGUUCUCGUAUUCCCUCCUGUGGGAGCUUGCUAGACCUCUGCACGGGGUCGGGAGUGCAAGCCUUGGCUGCCUUGACAAUGGAAAAGGCGAAUCAAGCGGUAUGCGUUGAUCUCAACCCCCGUGCGCUGCAAAUGACAAGGCUCAAUGCUAUUUUGAACGACUUGGAUACUAAGGUGCAAUGUGUGUUGGGUGAUUUGACCUCGGACGUUGGAAGGAUAUACACUAACAGUGAAGGCAGCCAUGAUCUCGCCAUUGACGACAAAGCCCAACCUUUAUUGGAUGUACUCCGUCGAAUUUCCCCUCGAUUUGAUCUAAUCACGGCGAAUCCACCCUUUUUGCCCGUACCACCAGAAAUCACACAGGCACGGCACGGUCUGUUUUCUGCGGGAGGUCCCUCCGGCGAGGCCGUGCUCGCUAGUAUCGUGCAACUGAGUUCCUCCUUGCUCUCCAACACCGGCUUUCUCGCCAUUGUGUCCGAGUUUUUCUUGAAAAGUGUUGAGGCUGCUUACGUGGCACCUUGCAGUGUCAGUAGUAGGGGUAGCGAAGAAUCAGCGAACGAGCCGGGAGUACCGUCCUCUCCCGAGGUCUUGCUGGAUUCCAAUUUUGAUUUACUCCCCCAGCACGAUGCACUGGACCGUCCUGCUGACGAGCUCCUGUCUCGCAUAGAGUCUUGGUGGAACAACAAUCAGCACGAUCCUAAGCAUGACCUCUCCAGCGUAGUCGCGUCAUCUACCACGAGUAUCGCUACCACUUGUAGUAGUACCAGGGCUCGUGGACUCCUCUUGACGAACGAAUAUCCCAUUACUGCCGACCUGUAUGCCGAGCGACGGGCCGACAAUGCGGAAGAAUUUGCCAUUUGGCAACGCCACUUGCAAAGUUUGGAAAUUGGUGCUUGCUCCCCGGGCUUUUUCAUUCUGCAAAAGAUGCACCCCGCGGUCGACGGAGAAGUACCGGCAUCGUCGUGCUUUGCGCACCAAACCGUGCCGCAAACGUCCUGGGGGUCCCUGUGGACGCCGUCAAACCCGCAAGCCGUGGCGUACACAAACCGAGUUCUGUCUGAUUUUUUUACGAGGCCAAAUUUGGAAGAGGGGUAA